AUGGCGGACGAUGAGAGUGAGAUCUUCGACUACUUGAAAAAAAGUAGCGGUCCUCAAGAACGUGAAGUUGACGGUAAAAAGGGUGGAGAUGCCGCCCAUAAGAAGGACCUGUCCAACCAUGCAAUAAAAGCCAACAGCACAUCAGUGGCAGCAACCACCAACGGGGACGAGAAUGAUGGCGCCUCCACCUCUGGCUCCAAAGCCACGCCCCAGACCAACGCCACUAGUGGGGCGAAUGCUCAGCUGUCCAUGGCUAAGUUGCGGGAUUUCCAGCGAGCGAUGGAGAUGUUCGUGCACCAAGGACCAGCCAAGAACAUUGAGGAUGCCAAGAAGAAAGUCUACAACUUCUGGGACACCCAGCCCGUACCAAAAAUAGGUGAAAGUAUUGCUUCUGAAGUUAAUGAGCCAGUGGAACCGGACAAGGCGGACAUUCGCAGCGAGCCGUUCAGCCUCCCUGCUCAGUUUGUCUGGGACACCCUGGACAUACAUGAUUCAGAUACAUUGCAAGAGCUAUACACCCUUUUGAACGAGAACUACGUAGAAGAUGACGACAACAUGUUCCGUUUUGACUAUUCCGCAGAUUUCCUCAUUUGGGCCCUGACGCCACCCGGCUGGUUACAAGAGUGGCACUGUGGUGUCAGGGUGGCAUCUAACAACAAGCUGGUGGGCUUCAUCAGCGGGGUACCAGCUAAUAUUUGCAUCUAUGAGAAACAACAGAGAAUGGUGGAAAUCAACUUCCUCUGCGUGCAUAAGAAGCUUCGAUCAAAGCGUGUGGCACCUGUCCUGAUCCGCGAGAUCACCCGGAGGGUACACCAACAGGGACUCUUUCAGGCUGUCUACACCGCUGGCGUGGUCCUUCCAAAGCCAGUAGCAACAUGCAGGUACUGGCAUCGGUCACUGAACCCCAAAAAACUGAUAGAUGUCAAGUUCUCACACAUAGGCAGGAACAUGACGCUACAGCGCACGAUCAAACUCUACAAGCUGCCUGAUAAACCCAAGCUUGAUAUGCGGCCCCUGGAGCCUACUGAUAUUCCUACUUGCUGCAAGCUCUUCAGAAGCUACAUGAUGAAGUUCUCUCUGGCCCCAGUCUUCAAUGAAGAUGAAUUCACCCACUGGUUCACACCCAGGGAAGGCAUCAUCAGUACGUACGUCUUGGAGACGGAUGGCGAGGUGACGGAUUUCAUCAGCUACUAUACGCUCCCCUCCUCCAUCAUGCACCACCCAGUACAUAAAAAGCUGAAGGCUGCCUACGCCUUCUACUCCGUUAGUACCAAGCACGACAUAGUGGACCUUAUGCAUACUGCUCUCACGUUGGCUAAACAGGAUGGCUUUGAUGUCUUCAAUGCCCUGGAUCUCAUGGAAAACAAGGCAUUCCUGGAGAAACUGAAGUUUGGCAUCGGAGAUGGCAACUUGCAAUACUACCUGUACAACUGGCGAUGUAAAGGCAUGGAACCACACCAGAUUGGACUGGUGCUACAGUAGUGGGGCCCGUCAUCGCUUGAACUGUCCACCAAAGGACUGAGGCCGACCAGAUAGCAACAGCAAAAUUCUUCAGCGGACGGAGGUUGUGCCGUCCCUGCACUACGGCAUCUGCCCUCAGAUGAUCACAGAUGAUCACAGAUGAUCCCAGACUCGGACUGCUGCUGUCUUCAAUCCUCUUCUCUGAUCAUAUGUAGGAGUGAACCAGAAAUGCACAUCGGUUUGUUUCAUGAAAAAGAAAAAAAAAAGUCAUUUUAGGGGGAAACCUCAGAGAAGAGAACAAAAAAGUGCUUUAUCAGCAGAAUAUGUUAGUCUGACAGAUUUCACUGGUUACCUAACAGAUUUCACUGGUGACCUACCCAAAUAUACACACACUAUAAAAGUAAAUAUGCACACGGUGUAACAGAUGUAAUUGUGUGGGUCCUUUGAAACAAACAGUUCAAAGGACAGCAAUACAGUAGGAUAUAUAUAUAUUGAAAAAUUUUUCCCACAACUGAAUGUGUAUAAUCCGUGUCUGGAAUGUGAAGGGGCAGGGUUAAGACAAAUCCUCGAGCUUGUGAAGACAUUUUUUCUUAUUUAUUCCAAAGCUAAGUAAUCAUUCAAAUUGCAAAAUCAAUUUGAAGGCCACUCCAUUGACAGAUAUGGGCCAGUUUCUUAAGAGUUGCUGAACAAUAAAAAAAAAUUUGCCAAGCAAAAAUUGGUCCGCAACAAGAGAGGUGUGAUUCCACUUGAAUUCAUAAACAUUGUCAACGUUAUCAAGAAAGAGUUCACAAACAUUGGCAGUGUUCUUGAGCUUUUUUGUUUUGUUUUUAAGAUACCACAUGUUGCAAGUUGCAUUUCCAUGAAGUAAGGCUCAGGUGAAUUGAGUUUAAAAUUUGGCAACAGGUGCCCCUAACCCUGCUGCAACAGAAGUGCAACAGAAGUGCAACAGAAGUGCAACAGUAACCAACAGCUGCGGUAUGUUGCAUUUAAAAGUCAACACAAGAGGUGCAACUUGACAGGGCCUAAGAUGGUGUUUAUCCAUUGUCUGUACGUUGCAAGUCUGCUGUUGCAAUGUGUUGCAGUUUGUUGAAUUUUAUUUUAUUUAGCAGACUGACGGAGAACCCUAUGAGCCGUCAUUUCUGUCGCAGCUCAAAAGAAGGGGGGAGUAUCUGUCCCCCGUUUCUUUCUUCACAGUAACUUUCAAGAUCUAGCUUUGUAUGUAAAUGAAUACCCACAGUCCGUAAGAUAAAAGUUGGUGUAAUUUAAAUUGUUUAUGACAAAAAAUAUGCAGUAUAUAAUUUUUCCCAUUUUUCCUACUGUUAAAGAAAAAGUAGAUGAUUUUUGCUGUUUUUUUUUUAAUAUAGAGGAAUGAAUUUUUGGCAUUAAGAAAUAAGAAUCAAAAUAUGUGAGACAAAUGCUUUGAAGCACAAACACAGCAAGCUAUCGAAUGAUCUCAUGUUUUCUUAGAUUGAAGUAUCAUGAACUAUUGAAAUAGUUUGGUGAUUGGCAGCAACCAAAGUAAGUCUGAAUGCAAAUAGGAAUGCUGCAUGGGGCCUACUUGGACUGAGACUUCCCACCAUAAUUGCUAAAAAUUCCCACUUUAUUUUCCAACUCAUUCUUUGUUUGUUGGAUUUGUAAAUGUUUUGCAUGUAACUUUGGCAUCAAAGUUUUUUAAACUAACCAGUAAAUACAAGCACUGGUUUAAAGAACGUUUCUGGUUAGAGUCUUUCAUUAGUGGCCCAGUCGGAUAAUCCUAAGCAACGGCAACUGAAGAGCGGAAAUUUCUUGGCCCUCUCCAAAUUUUUCUUUUGAAAAGCAUACCGCAUUUUACUGGCCUACAUUUAGUGUGCCUUCAUUUCAAACACUUUGCCGCACUAGGAUGUAGUACCUUAGUUAAUCUGUGUCUCUGGCUUGGUGUCGGUGAAGAGACUUACCUUGGUGUAUUGUUUGUCAGACUAUUACAAUGAGCUGAAAACUGCUCUUUUUCAUGCAAAUUCUUGUGUACAUUUGCAUAUUAAUUGGCAUUAAUUUGCAUGUGAACAAUGCACCUCCAUUGAUGUGAUCUCCUCAUUGUGCGUGUCACUUUUUCUAGCCUGGUUUCCUUCCACACUGUAUACUGAAUUUCAUGUGUAUACGUAUUAAAGUCUGUUAUUGCCUUCAAGUAUGCCA